AUGAAAGAUACUAAUCAACUACAUUUCCAUUUGACGCUGAGUAAUUUUAUUUGCCAUGCCGUCGCUAUUCCAUUGAGUUCUUUACUUAUUGUUUGUAAUUUUCGUCUAUGGAAAUGGUUUCUACUUGCUAGAAUUAUUGUUUCUCUCCAAAUGAUCAUCGGAUCUUUUUCUUUUGUUUAUUUUAAUCAAGCUGGUCUACUAGUAUUGCAGGCAAAAAACUUGUUUUACAUCAAGGAAAACGAACCGGGUUACAAGGAAUUCAAUCAAUGUGCAAUCAGCGAAUGGUUCGUGAUAUUGGGAUUAAUAGAAAUCACUUUGAUAACUGGCUUAGAAUUAAGAACUUAUGAAAAUCAGUACGAGGAAAUCAAUAAAUCCGUGUGA